CUAUUUAUCCCAAUUUAACACUGUGGCACAGGAGGAGACCCAAGGGUAGGUGACCGGCAGCUUGGUAAAAGGCUUUAAGCACCGCCUUAACAUUGGAGAGGGAGGGGAUUAGGACCAAUUGAGACUCUGCAGAGUCUGGAAGACCCAGUCUCAGGUCUGAAGGUGCCGUGCUUCUCCCGACCUGAAGGGAUCGCUGUCGGGGGAGGACCAACCACGGAUGGCGCCGCCGCCACCCUCUUGCCUGCCACGUCAGUGGUUUCCAGGUGACCGGGGCUGUGUGGAUGGAGCGGCGGCGGGGUGAGCGCGGCUGAGGGCCCGGAGCCUGAGGCGGGCGGUCCGGCGGUGGGACACAGGAAAACGGGUCCAUUCGGUGCAAUGCGAAGCCUGCGUUAAAAUAUUGGCUCUGAAGCAGCGGACCAAUAAAACUUGGGCCAACAUGCGGAAGAAUGGGAUAGCGAGUCUGAUCUGUGAACUUGCACUAAGAUUGUUCCUGUUUGGGAUAUUCCUGAUUUCUGAGACAUUGAACUCCAUUCCACCGAGUUAUCCAUCCAGAAGAGAUGUGGUUCUACAAAAAACCCUCGAGCGAGAGGGACACGGUUCCUACUUGGCACAUGUUUGCCAUUUCUUUCCUGACACCAUUGAUGGCAAUACUUCUGAUGAAGGUGCUGAAUAGAACUGAAAGUGGGGACGUGAAGGAAGGCUUUUUAGCGGCAUCUCUGGGCCUGGUUUUGAAUGGAGUGAUCACAAACACUUUUAAACUGGUGAUUGGAAGGCCUCGGCCAGACUACUUCUAUCGUUGUUUUCCGGAUGGAGUGGUGACGGAGGACAUGCAGUGCACAGGUGAUCCUGCUGCAAUACUGGAGGGAAGGAAGAGUUUCCCCAGUGGCCAUUCUUCUUUUGCUUUUGCUGGCCUUGGUUUCACUGCCUUCUACUUGGGAGGGAAGCUCCGCUGCUUUGCAUCAGGGGGACGAGGAAAAGGAUGGAGGCUGUGUGUGAUGCUAAUGCCACUCUACGUUGCAGCCGUUAUCGCUCUAUCACGUGCCUGCGACUACAAACACCACUGGCAAGAUGUGCUGUGUGGCUCUCUGAUUGGAUUAACUCUGGCCUACACCUGCUACCGUCAGCACUACCCGUCUCUGUCAGACCCCGAGUGCCACAAACCUUAUCCAAAGACCAAACUCUCAGUGGCACAGGAGCGCAAGCUUGCCAACCCUGCCUUCAAACUGGAUGUAUAAUGAGCUGCCCGCAGUAAGGCAACUCCAACCUUGUCCUCGCCAUGUAAACUUGCUUUCCUUUUAUUUUUAGGCAACAUUUGCACAUAUUUAUAAUGGGACCUUUUGCAACACCGUAAUAGUGCACAUGCAUACACAGCCCCGAAAGAAGUGCAAAACAAGGGAAUUAAAUGGACCAGCAAGAGACCAGAGCAUUUCAGAUUUUAUUGGUUCAUGAAGUUAAAAUGGUUGAUCUUUUUAACCUUUUCUAAAAACGAGCCAAUUUUUUUUAACCAAAAGUAUGCAAAUAAAAUAUAGAUGGUGUGAAGGCAAUAGUUCAACAUGGUUGUAAAAAGUAAGUGCAUUUUGAAAUUUCAAGACAGCUCCCCUUCCUAAGGUGCUGAUAGUUUGAGUAUAAUUCCUUGACGAACUGACUUGUAUGAUGGAAUUACUCAAUGGGAGCAAAUGAUUGCAUCAAUCUGCUCUUCUGCGAUGAUCAGCAGGACCAAGUGGUUGAUAUGAAUUUCACAGGAAAGCAUAUCAUCAUUGAAGCAUGCCUCUUGAUACAUGUCAUUGUCACAAGUUACAUUACGGAAUGUGCUUGCUCCUUGGGUGACCGCGUCAUAAGGGAAGCUCUGCAGUUUUCUAGUUUUAGACCAAGAUUGAAUUUCCAAGUUUGGUACCAUAAAAGCUUAAAACAGCAGAGCAGCUCGUGCAUGAGCAUCAGUGUCACAUCUGUGCUGUUGCAGUGACAUUCUAUUCCAAUUGUUUGGUCACUCCAGGGCAGACUGAAACCCUCCCCUAGUUUCAGGUGACUGCAGCAAGUCAGGAAUCAAAGUUUAGAUUGGUGUUGGUACAGAAUUACCAACACCUCCUGCUCUUGAUAUAAAUAAGCUUUUUUUGUGGACCUGAUGAUGUUGGACCUUUCUGAUGCAGCUGAAUAGUUUGCUAGGUUACUUCAAAGGACAUCUGAGGCACAUAAAGGCUAAGAUUGAAGAAGGGCAUUUGUAUCUAGUGUAUUUUAAUGUGAAACCCACAGCUGUGUGGCCAGUUUGAUUGAAAACACAAAACUUUACUGAAAUUCUAAACUUAUUGAUAGUUGGAUUUAAACUUGUUGGCAACUUUUUUUCCUAGCCUUUGGAUUACAAUCCAAUAUAGAACUGCACCCUUUUAUAACAUGUCUGUGGACAGGCUUUGAAAGGAUUUCAUACAUUUUGUUUGCAGUAACUUAAUUUAUAGCAGAUGAUAAGAGGAUAGCAGAGCUCCUCUUGAUCUUGGGAACACUGAAAUAAAUUGAAUCAGUUUAUGACUUGCAUCCCACCAGUUAACUGGUCAUAAAAGGGGACCAGACCAACACAUGUAUGUAGCUGCUUAUUAUGAGGAUCACCAGGGAUUGAAGAUAAAGCCCCCUUCCUAUUGGAAUUUGGAUAUUGUUCUUGAGGCUGCUUAUCACACUGCACUAUUUCACCUAUUUCCAUGGGGACAUAAGUCUGCAGCCUUGCGUAUUGUACUUUCGUAUACUGUUUUGCAUUGCAAAGCAAAGCAAAAGUGCUGGUAAACCUGUGACUCGUAUAUUUAUUUUGCUUCAAGUUUUUAAUGCAGAAUUUUGGGUAUUGUUUCCAUGAUUCCUCCUUCCGCUGUAAAGGUGGGGAGAGGAGAAAUACUAUUAACUGUGACUAUCACCAUAAUAUUAACAUUUCACUUACAGAUGGCUGUUGGCAGGGGAUAUCCAUUGUUCAAAGGAACCUCCUCCAUUGAUGAAAGGGUCACGAACUAGGGGACAUGGAAUGAAGGUGAUUGGCAAAAGAGACACGAGGGAAAAAUUCCCCUUGCCCUGAGUGGUUCGGGUCUGGAAUGCACGGCCACAGGCAGUGGAGGAGGCAGAUUCUAUUGUAGCGUUCAAAGAGCUGGAUAAGAUUCUGUAAGGCAAGAAUUUGCAGCAAUUAUGGAGAGCAGGCAGGGGAAUGGGACUAGCUGGGUUGCUCUUCCAGAGAGCUGGUGAGGAUUGGGCAGGUUGAACAACUGCUAAAGCCUUUGUGUGUUGGGGUAGGAGUCUGUGUGCUGAAGGAUGAUGCAAGGAAAAUGCUUUCUCAAACCAUAUUUCCAAUAAUUCUGGUGGGUGCAAACAACUGCACCAACGAGACUUCGGACGAGCCUCCCCACCCCAUUUUAAAACUGCAGAGAUGUUUAGGUGCAGUUAAAUGUACAUGCACACACCAUGACUAUUUGCUUUGCACUUUCAACAAGACUUUAAAUGCUCAGAGGGCACACUUUUGUACAUAGUUCAGCUUUAAUAACGUUGCAUUAUAUUGUUGUCAUGUCUUAACCAUGACUGAUACCCACAGCAACGUCACUGUUUUGCUGGCCUGUUGGGCAGGCUGCUGGUUGGACCUUAAACUAACUCUUACUCACUUCAUUCCUCUUCACCAGGACCUAACUGAACAGAAACACUGCCCAGCUGCAGGAAAAAGUAAUGACCUUGUAAGUUGUGCUGUCUCCACUUGUGGUUCUAUAGUGCCUUGUGCAGGACCUGUUUGUCACGUGUCAGAAUGGCAGUGACGGUACAUGAUAUACUGUACAUAACUAAGCUAAUUGCUUCUGUUCAGAACUUUGAACAGACACAGUAACAGGCUAAGGUCAGAAUCUAGUCUGAAGAAAGGAAAGCACAGAGCCAUGCAUGGAUGUUGGGAAAUUUCUGUUCCAUUGCCGUGGAACGUGAAAUUCAACUGAAUGUGGAAAAUGCAGAGCCAACUGUGAUCUUUGCAAAUUUAUCAAUUCACUGACUGAACUGUCUAUGCAAGGGAGAUCGAAGUGUUAGUCCUGUGAUCAUUGCUGCCUGAACAAAGUAAUUUAAAAUCAAACCUGUGGAUAACUCUGUGUUCUAAUAAAACUAAGACCAAUAUUUAAAAA